UAGCCCCCCUUUUAAAUCAUGCAGGCCCUUGAAAGGCUUGCGGUUGCCUAUUUCCACUUUCCUUGAAGCCUUCCCUUUCUGUGUGCGCCAGUUCGCUCAUCUCCGUCCCUGUCCUGUCUAGUCGCGCUGAUACAGGCAUCCUACAAUAUAUUACGGGCCCCCCCCCUUCUCUUUGGUUGAGUCUCCCAAAGUCGAGCUGCCGAAAACCAUACGCCAUGGCGGACCAGCCGACAACGCGCAGUACCGAAACCAACGGGCCGCUCGUCACCGGUAUCGCCAUUGGUUUCGUGUGCGCUACGGCCGUCUUCAUCGCAGGACGCUUCUACACUCGAGGGGUGCUUCUCAGGUCCAUUGGCAAGGAUGACUGGUACAUGCUGAUUGCGACGGGGUUUUCGGUCAUCUACUCCGUGGCCAUGUGCUUCGAGGCAAAGUACGGCAUGGGCAGGCAUGUCGAAACUGUCGGGGAGCAGGAGACCUUGGAACAGCUCAAGUUCCUCAUGGUUGCUAUCCUCAACUACAACAUGGGAUUGAACGUUGUGAAGCUGGGCUUCCUGUUCCAAUACCGACGCAUCUUCCACGGCGCAGUGAUGCAGAGGAUAUGCUACUGGUUCAUUGUCUACGUCUGCCUCUGGGCAUGUGUGCAGGCUGUCCUUCUGGGGCUCGCAUGCCUCCCCGUCUCCAUCAUCGUCCCCAGCAUGGCCAAUUCCUGCCUCGACACGCUGCCCAUCUGGUACUUCUCCUCGGGCAUGAGCAUGGCGACCGAUAUCCUCAUCUGCUGCAUCCCGAUCCCUUCGGUGUUGAAGCUCCAACUCCCUCUGAGGCAGAGAAUCAUGGUGCUCGGCAUUUUCUGCCUCGGCUUCUUCGUCUGCAUCAUCUCCAUCUACCGAAUGCUCACCCUUAGGGCCGGCGUCAUCAGCCAGGACCCGUCCUGGGACAACAUCGGCGCGGCGAUCUGGUCCUGCAUCGAGCUCAACAUCUCCAUCAUCGCAUCUACCCUGCCGACCCUCCGGCCCCUGGUCGCACGCCUCCUGCCGGGCAUCGGCCUCUCCUCGGCCCACAACGAUCGCACCACCUACCUCCGCUACGGCUCGGCCUCGGCGGCCAUACGGGCGGGCGCCAGCAAGUCGACGGGGAACAAGAGCAACAAGAUGAAGAGCAUCAGCACCGAGGAGCUGGCGCUCGAGGAGAUGAGACCGGGUGCCGCCGGGAGCACGCGGUGGGACAUCCAUGCGCACGCCUCGGGGGAUCCCUCCACCGACUUUCCGAAGAAGGAGUAUGACGAGAGUCGUAUUGUAAGGACGACGGAAAUAUUAGUCGAUUCCCGCGCGGCGUAGAGAGGUUGCCUGUACAAUGAAUGGAACCAGGCCAUCACUACCUAGCUCAAGGUAGCUAGUUGCUAGACACCGUUCGUGACAUACAUCACUUACACGGAAGUAGGCUUCUGAUUAACUGUAAUUUAUUCGCUGUACAAUUAUAUCUGCAGAUACUUGUACUUGCACCAAUUCUUGAUCACAUCCGUCGCCAAUCCUCACCCUGGCUCCUCUGGUUGUGGUCUUGGGGAUAGUUCUACUUCUGAUAGAUGAGAAGUGGCUUUGCCGGUAGGGAGCCGACUUGGAGUCGAUGUGGGUCCGCGAGAUGGGCUAGACUCUAGGCCAGGCACCUAGCGUACACUUAGCUAGCGUAAACGCUAACCGCCGGGCCGGGCUAGGCGGCUCGGCCGAGACGAGGCAUGAAGAAGGUCCGGAUCCGGUUCAACGACACCUGCUGGGC